GAGGGGUUACUGUUAACAUUCUGAUUCUCUUCAAGAUGAGGAGAUGCCAAAACAGAGUUACAAUAACUAUGGUUAUAUUUUACACUUUUCUAUGGAAAAAACUGAUUUUUGUAAUCCUCAUGAAAAACACAAUGGAGUAGUUCUCUGCCUACUCGAAAAGUUAUGGACUGCAGUGAGCCGCCAGAAUGUCACUGCAGUUUCUCCUAACACUGACAGUGUCUAAGUCCAGGCUUUGGAAAGCCUCUGGUGACCUCUGGGUCUCUGCAGCAGAUGGGUCCCCAAACGGGGCCCACGUUUCAGGCCCUGGGAAAUCCAGCGUCAUUUUCAAUCCUGUCGUUCGGUGUAACGCUUAGUCGAUGUCUUGAUCAGAGGCCUUCUGUGAUGAUGGCCUCGGUGCUUCUUGGAUGGCGUCGGGGGCCAGGGCCACUUCUUCGCUUGGUACUGCAGUCCCCUGGCUCCCCCAGCUUGUUAGGAGCAAAACCACCAAGUGUUUGAGAACUGAGAAACCAACCACCGAAAGACCCACAUCGACAGAAAUCCCACACUGGCCCCUGAAUAACUACCAGGAGCUGCUUUGUCUGACUUAAUGCUGAAACAGUCUGUAAGACUGCUGCGUCCUGGCUCAGCCACACUGGUCUGAACACCAGGCAAGGGGACCCGUGGAGCCCAGGGAGGAACUGGGUCUUAAGCCUCCUCGGCAUGGCCUUGCCUCUCUCCGUCAGGGACACUCUGGCCAUUUAGGGUUGUCGCCCACCCCUCCUUCUUGUGGCCAGGAAGGGGACCACCGCCAAUCCCCAUCUGGGUCUGGCUCUAUCCCAGACCUGGGCACUGUGAGGCUGGGAGUGAGCAGGGCAGAGGGUGGGCAGUGGCGCCAGCAAAACCACUGGCCUGUCCCUCUCGGCCCUGCCCCCCUGCCCCCCGGGGCUGUGAGGCACUGGCACAGUGUGGGUUACGGCUGGGGCCCCUCCCAGUCUCCUGAGCCACCAUCCCUUAGCAACGGGCCUGCUGGGCAGGACGCGCUGCCAAUGCUGGGCAGAGUGGGCAGGAGCCAGAGGAGUGGCUGUCUGGACUCCAGUAUAGUUGAAGGCCAGGUGAGCAGGUAGCUGGCCAGGACAGGCUUGCGGCACCGGACCACAGCCUGGUCAGCCGAGUCGGAGUCCUUCCUCGAACUCUCCUCCAGCCAGUUGCCCAGCCAGUCUGACCCGGCAUGGAUGCUGCGGACGCCACUGUGGAGAAGCUCCGGGCACAGUGCCUGUCCCGAGGGGCCUUGGGCAUCCAGGGCCUGGCCAGGUUUUUCCGCCGCCUGGACCGGGACAGGAGCCAAUCCCUGGACUCGGGGGAACUCCAGCGGGGCCUGGCUGAGCUGGGGCUGGUGCUGGACACUGCCGAAGCGGAGGGCGUGUGCAGGCGCUGGGACCGUGAUGGCAGCGGAAUGCUGGACCUGGAGGAGUUCCUGAGGGCCCUGCGGCCCCCCAUGUCCCAGGCCCGGGAGGAGGUCAUUGCAGCUGCGUUUGCCAAGUUGGACCGCAGCGGGGAUGGUGUGGUGACCGUGGAUGACCUCCGGGGGGUGUACAGUGGCCGCGCCCACCCCAAGGUGCGAAGUGGGGAGUGGACCGAGGAGGAGGUGCUCUGCCGCUUCCUGGACAACUUUGACUCCUCUGAGAAGGACGGGCAGGUCACGCUGGCUGAAUUCCAGGACUACUACAGCGGCGUGAGUGCCUCCGUGGACACAGACGAGGAGUUUGUGGCCAUGAUGACCAGCGCCUGGCAGCUGUGAGCUGUGCACACUUGCUCAGCCAGCCCUGCCCCCGUAGCGUAGGACCCCCACCCUGGCCCCCCCGAACCAGGUCCUCUCUCACCUGGGCUUCCAGCCAGGCAGCCCCUGAGGUGGAGGCCCCAGGACUGGCUGGAUCAGGUCUCCGAGGACCCGGCUUGGCCACCAGGUACAAGUGGGACAAAGUUUCCAAGGAUGGGUCACUGGUUCAGGACCCCAGGGAGCAAGGCCCUCCCUGUCCAUUCUGUGCAGACUCCCCUCCCCCCUCCCCCCAGGAGCCACUGUUGGCAGGGAAGCAAACAGCUCUUCUGUGAAGCAAAGCUCAGCAGGGAGGCGGCCAGUCUUGGAAGGCAGCCAAGUUUGGUCACCUGCCCGGAUGUGGAGUGUGGGGCAGGGGCCAGGGGCCCGCAGACAGGCCAGGUGGCUCUGGGACGUGGAGGCUGUUCCUGGCCAGUCUGUCUGGCUUCCUGAGGCCCCUGGGGCAUGCAGGAGGCCAGGGUUUUAGUUAAAAGUUUUAAUGUAGUUCCCAAAUACAUUUCAUAUGACAAUCUUACAUAAAUGUUCCAAAACA